UUGUUUGUUUUCAAAAUUUUAUGUUUGUCUUUUUGGACAAAAUCAGAUUGGUGUUACUUAUUGUCGGCUAUGAUGUAAAAGGCUUUGAUUCUUUCUUUUCACUCUUAUAACUGACUAGCAUGAUAAAUAACACAUUUUUUUUUUAUAAAGAUGGACACGAGAAUGUCUAUAACGAAUAUGGAGAAAGAGUUUUUGAUCCGAUGGAAGGCGUGCUGACCGAAGUUAGUGAUCCAAACGCAGUACUCGAAACCAUAACGAGCCAAAGUCCUACUUCUUGAGUCUCAAACCAGCAGAGAAAGAAACUACAGCAAAAGAUAUGAUAAAAAAAAAGUUGUAGAAGUUAUCAAGCCAAUUGACAAUGGCGUCUACAAAGACUAUAAUGACCAGACCAGAGAGGUGUUCAUCAACCAAAUGAUCGAAGGUCCUAUGGAGAAAGGAAAAGUGGCUUUACAUGCAAAGGAUCUCGGAAUAGACCCUCGUAAUGCUAUGCUUUGGUGAAAAUACUAUGAGAAACCCGGGGAAGCUGCUUACAAAAAGUCGCAAAGGAAUUCAGGUCAACCUUAAUUCAUUUACUCUAGCAUGAGCAGCACAUUUAGCAAAUAAGGAAAAAAGACUUGCA